AUGAACAAAACGGUCUUUCAAGGCCGUCGCGGAAUCGUUCCGUUACAACACAAGAUUGUGACUGUUCCCGAGUACUGGCUAAGCAUGGACUUCGCCGGUAUACCGUACCUUGAGCCAUGCUAUGCUAGUCUGAUCAAAAGAACAGAAAAAGAGAUCACCGAAGAAUAUGCAAUGGAGAUCCAUUCUCGUUGCAAAGCAGGGACACCGUUUAAAUGGGAUUCAAAGAAUCCAGAGAAUUCAUUGCCUCCUACUUUACAAGGAGUAGUUUACCAGAUUACGAAAGCUUGUCUCGAUCGCAUCAUAAGAACGGAAGGCGGAUGGGGAUAUGACAAUAUUCCGGUUGGGUAUGAUGUGAUCGAAGUCGAUUGCAAGACUAGUGAAGAUGAAAUAAUCGUUGCAAAGACCUUGAUCGCUAGGCCCGCUUCAGUCAGGUCCGGAUGUCAUGCAUCGGCUAGAUAUUUGAAUUUGCUAAGAGAAGGUGCAAAAGAGUUUAAUUUCAGACGUGAAUACCAAAACUACCUGAACUCUCUCGUGGCAUUUGACGUUAACACAACCCGCAAGAAAAUCGGUCGAUCUAUAUUCCUGACGCUGUUCAUGCCACAUUUUACGCUUAUCUUUGCAAUACUCAGAUUAUCGCUCAAACACAAUAGACGUAUACCCCUUAGCGUCGCGUGGCUCGUAAUAUAUGUGUGUCGGUUAUCCUAUAUUAUACACGACCGCAUUUGGAAGUACUUGUUCGGUAGUGGAUGGAAUAACGAGUAA